AAGGACAGACCUGGGGAAGCUGCUUCAGCUGCGGGCACAGAAGGCAGCACUCGGGACAGUCUCCACCAUGGCCUGGGCCCCUCUGCUCCUCACCCUCCUGGCUCACUGCGCAGGGUCCUGGGCCCAGUCUGGGCUGACUCAGCCGCCCUCGGUGUCUGGAGCCCCGGGGCAGAUGGUCACCAUCUCUUGCAGCAACAUCCAGGGUAGUUAUGUGCACUGGCACCAGCAGCUCCCAGGAACGGCCCCCAGACUCCUCAUCUAUGAUAAUAGUGACAGACCCUCAGGGGUCCCUGCGCGAUUCUCUGGCUCCAAGUCUGGCAGCUCGGCCUCCCUGACCAUCACAGGGCUCCAGGCUGAGGACGAGGCUGACUAUUACUGCCAGUCCUAUGACAGCAGCCUGGGUGCUCCACAGUGCUCCAGGCCCCCAAGGAAGAGUUCCCAGAGCUGCAUCUUCUUCUCAUUUGACCUCAGUGUGUUUUUAUCUGAGGGUCCCUGCAGGGCCCCAGGCCCACUGGCUCCUGUGCACCCCCCUGGGGACAACAGGAGCCACCUUGCCUCCGAUUCCACUGGCAAGGACAGGCAAGUCCCAAGGUCUGGGGAGCAGAUGGCAGAGCUCCCCACUCAAAAAGUGUCUGGUCCACAAAACCCGCCUCCUCCGUCCUACAAGCUGCAGGUGCAGAGCUCCUUCUGGGUUCCAAGGUCUAACUCCCGCAGUUACACCCCCUCCCCAGCCCGGACAGGUGCCCUUAUCCCCAUUUUACUGAUAUGA